AUGCUCAUCGCCAGCAUACUUCCUGUCUUUUUUGCCUGUGUGCACGGUAGGUUUUAUGCUGAAAUACUAUUCUAAUAUUUGGUUUGUGGUCUCAGAUUACGGUCAAAAAUGAGACGUAUGCGAUACCUAUCUGAAAGCAAACAGUUUUUUUCGUCAUUGCAGGCGCCAAUGUGUCAGUUUUGAAUUUAGCGCCGAGCUUAAACAUCACUUUGCCUUUUAUUGGCAUACCCAAGCGGCAAGUAAGCUGUACAUUCUUUUGGAUUUUUGCGCGGAUAUUCGUUUAACUGGGGAAUUUGACACUUUUAUUACAUUGCAGUUGGACUUGCAUGGGACUGUAGUAAUUGAAGAGAGAUCUACCUCCACGUCCGAUGAAUCAGGUGAGCCAUGUUAUCAGUUGUUAUCAAGUGAGAAACUUAUUUCUAAUGAUCCGACCUCUAAAGACAUUUAUUUAUGUUUCCCUAAAUAGUGCCUUUUCAAAAGGUCAUUAAGUUUUUUUAUUUCUUAAUUUGUUCGGUUGCCAGUCUUGUUCCCUUUAGUGGUUUGGAGACAGAAAUCAUGCAAUUUUCAAUGGCUAUUAAAAUGUUGAAAUUGGAACCAUCGUUGCCUACCCCGAUUUUUUCAUGUACUCUGAUUAAGAUCAAAAAUAAACGAAUAUGAUAACUCUCUAAUAUAAACAACAUUGUUUUCAUUACAGGCCCCCGUGAUAUCGUAUUGCAGUUAGCUCCGAAUACGGCCUUUACUUUUCCUCUCUUGAGCCUUCUGACACCAAAAGUAAGCCGCGCAUUCUUUCGAAUUGGUAUGCUGAUAAUUUUCGUUCUACGUAAUUUGACACUGUAUUAUAAUUCAGUCGGUCUUGCAUGAGAAUGCGCCACUUCGACAGGGAUCUAUCUCCAAACCCUGUAAAAUAGGGCAGUCAUGCUAUCAGUUAUUAACAGGUGAGCACAAUUCUUCUAAUGGACCUCCUUCCCAGGACAUCUAAAUCAUUCUUUUAUCUCCCCCUAAUUGCAAGCUUUUAAAGAGGCCAUUUGUUUUAUGCAGCCGUUUAUGUUUUGAAUUUGUUUAUUGUUUUAUUUAUCAGGUUCCCCAGUAUGAUUUCCUUUGCCACUUUUCAGCACGCGAGUACGCGUUAAUCUAUUUAUCUCCUACUGCUGGAAAGGGAAUCAUCGUCUCCUUUCCCGAAGACAAACUUAAAUCGCCAUCAGCAAUAAUUGUCCAGAAAAAAGGAGACACUUCAGCUGGUAGACAACCUAGUUUUUCUGUUUUACGUUAUUUAUGUCGUUAGGAAUUAUGCUGUUCUAUGUUUAAAUUUAUGCAGCCGGACAUUAGUGAUAUAUUUUGCGUUGGGCGCAUUCUGUGCGUUAUUUAUCAUGCGGAGUAAUUUAGUCCAGCCCAGCUUCCAGAAUAAUAUUUAUGUCUACCAUUUAUUAUCUAUACGUUCUAUUCACCUUCCUUAAACUUGGUCCUCUAUACUGAGAAUUAGACGUUCAAUGUUGAGUCAGAAAUGCAUGAACGUUCGUGGUCUCAAUAGUCAUUAGGCCAAUUGCGGAAAACUUUAAAUGUCAGCCACUAAAUUCGUCUAGUUGGCAGUCCAAAUGUUUUACCAAUGUUAAUUUCAGUAAGCUGGGGGAUCACUUGCUCGAGGCGUAGUCUAGUAUUUCAUGAACACUCAAUGCUAUAUUAAUUGUCAUUUUGAAUGCAUAUUGAUCGCCUGUACAUUGCGAAUCUCAAUAAACAUGUUUGUGGCACAGACCCCUCAAUCCCAGAAGGCGUUGGCGUUGCUGAAAGGAUUGAACUGGAUAUGACAGAUACGGGACAAGGGUAUAUUUGGUAUACUAACAUAAGUAUGCAAAAUAUGUUGGCAUAAGAACAUUAUAUAGAAGUCCUCGAGUUACAUUUGGAGUCCAAAAAACAUUUUCUUGCUUCAACUCUUCUAAUUAAUUGUUAUUUCAGAACACAUUAA